AUGGCUAACUCUGUUGUCCAAACCCUGUUUGAGGACGCCUUGGAUGGACUAACCCCAGUGAAGUCAUGUACUGCAUUCCUCGAUUCCGAUGUUUGUAUUUCUCCUAUGAUGGAAUAUUUUCUCAAUAAACCAAGGCCUGGAUGUAACAGUACAACGUCGAAGGAGACGUCUGAUGCCAAACCAAGGCGCCGAUGUCGUACCAUAAGGAGAGUGGGAACGUUGUCGGACAAGGACCCUCAACCUAACCUGGAUGAAUCCCCGAGUAAAGAUGGCGUCACGGUAACCGUGGUGAAGCACGAUUUCGGCACCAGUCUGUUGCACGACGAGGGCUCACAAGACAGCGGGGUUCGCCUAGACGAAGACAACUCGAGUAGCGAUUCUUUCACAGUUCCUCUUGGUCUGCCAUCAAGGAAGAUAACUCUGUUUGAGGAGGACGCAUGCUCCCCUUUGUCCUACUCCCCCGUAAAGUCCAACCCCAAACCAAUCUCCUUUUCAUUGAGCAAUGGGGACGAUGGGUUCUUUGAGGACUUUGCAGCUGUGGAAACAAGUGACAGCACCGAUUUACCUGGCACGUUCGCCACACUCUUCAAAGCCCCAGUGCUUAACACACAGAAAAGUGCCAACGACGACUUUCAGAUCAAGAAGCCGACCUGUUUGAAGGUUCUUAACCGCCUCAAUUCGUUGGAGAUCCGACCAAAGGGAGGGAAAAAGCGACAGAACCUAGACGACGAGGACGAAAGCCGGUUCCAGAAGAGGCGACGUGGUCUGGGGUUUGACAAGAGAUCGUGUAGCGAGGAACUUCCGGCCAGAGAGCAGACGAAUGCCGUGCCUCUGAAGAGAUACCGCUCCGACACAGCUGCCAUCAUCCAAGCCCUGGAUAGAGUUGAGAAUGACCCGGAUCUGAUCGGAGACGGCACCUCCUCAUUCUGCUUGCCGACGGUACCGGGAAAGCACCAGGAUCUCAAAUCAAUCACACCAGAAACUCUGGCCAAGGUGAUCAAUCACGAGUAUGACCACAUCCUAGAGAAGUACGUGAUCAUCGACUGUCGUUACCCGUACGAGUAUGAUGGCGGUCAUAUCCAGGGAGGCUUGAAUUACUACACCAAGGACACGGUCAUGGAGAAGCUGAUGAAUGAGCCUCUGCAACUGUCCGACUCCCAGAAGCGCAUUGCUCUCAUCUUCCACUGCGAGUUCUCCUCAGAAAGGGCUCCAAGGAUGUCACGAUUUCUUCGUAACAUGGAUCGUGAAGAGAACAAACAGUACUACCCCCAUCUCCACUACCCAGAAAUCUACAUUCUUCACGGGGGCUACAAGAAUUUCUUUGAAACACAGAAGGAAUUAUGUGAACCUCAGACCUACUUACCCAUGCUUCACGAGGACUACAAAGAAGAUUUGAGGACAUUUCGGAUAAAAUCAAAGUCCUGGGCUGGUGACAAGAAAUCUCGGUCGGCACGAGGAAGACUUGGUUUCUGA